CCGGGUCUACGCUCCCUGGAGAACCUCUGUAAAACCAUGGAAAAAAUUGUGAAGCUGCAGAAAGCCAACAAGGAAUUCCAACAUGAACAACAAGUAUUGGAAUGUCGAGUCCGGACCUUGGAGAGCUGGGUCUGCACCUUAGAACAAGAGAAGCGAGUGAAUCCAGUGAGUGUUGAGGCGGCUCUGGAUGAGGCUUCUGGAGGAUGCAGUCAAACUACUUCAGGCGGCAGCAUCCUUGAGAAGAAAAGAAAAGAAGAGGCACAGCAGCCAGCAUCCCGCCCCAUGCCAGGACCCGGACUACACUACCUGGAGAACCUCUGUAAAACCAUGGAGAAAAUUGCCAAACUUCAAAAAGCCAACCUGGAAAUUCACCAUAAAUGUCUAAUACUGGAGUGCCGAGUCUGUACCCUGGAAGAAGAGAAAAAAGUCCAAUCCCUCUGGGGAAGAUUGAAGGGGCUGUUUAUGAAAAGGAGAAGGGGAUCUUUAAAGCCUGAAGAAGUCAUCCAAGUCACAGUGACAAGUCACACCAGUAGUGACACCUCAUCCCAAAGCAGGAACAGUUG